AUGUACUCGGUAUGGGUGCUGCUAUGGAUCUUAUACUCUAGUCUGCACAUCAGCAUGUUUCCCGAAUUAGAGGGAGAUCUGUCGCUAGGUCUGCGGCACGGCGAUACCCCGGCGCCAGAAAAGAGCCCUAGCGACAUGUUGAUGCUGAUCCGCACGGACAAAGGGUUGCAGAUCAACAUCCUCGCCAUGCUUAGUGCUGUGUUGAUCAGCAUCCAGGUGGUGCUGGGAUCUCGGCGUCGGCGCUCCCGCAACAAAAUCAUUGUGAACCUGGUGCGGGUCGCUUACACCGUCUCCUUCCCGGUGUUCGGCUACACCAUCGGCCUCAUCCAGUCCGUGGAGGAGCCCAAACAGCUUGAAAGCCAGCUGUUGUGGGCCGUCGGGCUAUUGCUCCUCAUCGGUAGCGUGGACGGCAUGUCGGCCUUCAGCCGGCAGGAGGUCGAGGAUAGCAAAGGAGUUCAGGCGCAGCACAUCAUCCAGACGGUUCUCGUGCUCUGGCUCCUCGUCAGCCGGAGCAACGUCUCCAAGGGCGGGGUGGUCUUGCUGCUCUACUUCCUCCUCUGCUGGGUGUAUAGCAUCUUGAGGGUCACCCAGAAGAUGAAGGCGCUGCGCAAGGCCAGCUCGAUGCACGGCCUUGUGCGCAGCGCCAAGGUGGUGGCUGACUACAUGCAGGAUGUGUAUGCCUCUGGCUCUGGUGAAAGGAAUCAUAUCCCCAUGGACGACAUGGCUAAGUGCAAGUAUCUUGUCCUCGGCGAGGAAAAAGACUCCAGCCCACCGUCCAAGGGGCCCUGCUACCUCUCAGAGGUGGGCGGCAAGGGCAAGCUCAUCACGUUCGACAUGAUUUGGAACAGCAAGGACAAGCUGCUGCUGAGUCCUACUCCUGACGACGACCAGAAGCCUGUGCCUCUCAAAGAUACGUGUCUUUCCUUCGCCUUGUUCAAGUUGCUCAGCCGGCGCUUCUGCCCGGGGCUCCCCAUCGCCGAGGAGGGUAACCUGGAGGCGCUGAAAUUCGUCCUCGCCAAGGACAAGCAUGCCUUCCAUCUCGUGGAGGUCGAGUUGUCGUUCCUGUACGACUUCUUCUACACCAAGUACCCGGCGCUCUUCCCCGCCGCCCCAGCUGCGCUCCGCGUUCUCCGUUUCGUCGUCCUUCUUGGCUUGUUCAAGGUGCUCCUCGUGGAUUUUAUUUACGACGGCAUCACAUAUUACUCCAAUGUCCCCGCGGACUUGCUUGAGAAUAACACGGGGUACUCCUCCAGUCAUGCGGUUUUCUUCACCCUCUUCAACAACGUUCUCGUCGUCUUCAUGAUCCUUAGCAUCGACAUCCUGCAAGACGUUGCCACGGGUUACUCAAACUGGGCCAUUGUACACUACGUGUGCGACUACGUCUACAUGAGAAGGAGGACAGACGGCGACGGCAGCAAGGGUUGGUGGAUGAUGGUGAAGCGGUGGUGGAACCGGGGCUUCGGCAUUCGUCGAGUGCUCAUUAAAUGGGUGGCGGCACGCCGGGCAAAGAACCCGUCGCAGUGGUGGGAUAACAAGCUCGGCCAGUACUCGCUUCUCAACUCCUGCGGCUACACCGCGCACAAGACGAAUGCCUUCUCCCUGUUGACCCUACGCCUGCUGGAGAAGACAGGAGAAGGCCGGAAGCGCGGCAAGGAUAUCACCCUGUCAGACGAAAUCAAGGAGGAGGUUCUCAGCUCCCUCAGGAAAAGUGGUGGCCGGCUGUCGGUCGACCGUUUAGGCGAUCUGAGGAACAAGGUGUUGCAGCUGGACUGGGUGCUGUUCGACCUCUCGAGCAGCACACACAUGGUCCUCGUGUGGCACAUUGCCACCACCAUAUGCGCCAACCAGGAACAACAGGACCAGGGCACCGACCAGCUCCCCAGUAGCCGCCGUGUUGCAACCACACUGUCCAGCUACUGUGCCUACCUGCUUGCUUUCGUCCCGGACAUGUUGCCCGACCACAGCUACACGGCCACGCAGAUCCUGGACGCCGUCAUUCUAGAUGCCCGAGAGCAUCUCGGUACAAUCAAAACAUUGUCGGGCAGAUGUGAAAAGAUGUUACAAUUGGGAAAGCCGGGCAGCAGCAGCAACAUACCAGUGCAGCAAGACAUGUCCAUCUUGAUCCUUGGAGCCAGCCUGGCAGACAAGCUCUUGUCGGAGAACAAGCGGCCGCCGUGGAAGCUGCUCGCGGGCUUCUGGGCCGACCUGGUGCUCUUCCUGGCGCCGUCCGACAAGGCCGACGUCCAUGCCGACCACCUAGCCUCCGGCGGCGAGUUCAUGACCCACCUUUGGGCGCUGCUCACGCACGCGGGCAUUGUUCACCGUCCAGACAUCCCUGCUGCAUCAAUUCCUUGA